CACACGCGUACACACACGCGCUCACACGCACACACACGCUUUCACACACACGCCUAGACCGACCUCGGCCGGGUAUCGAACUGCAAGCUCCGCGAACCUCGGUGGUCUCGGACGCAAGCCUCCUCGCUCGCACCCUCAACGCGGCCGUCGCUCGCUCGUUCGUCUCGCGUUGGCGACAACGAGGAGGAGGUGGUGGUGGAGGAUGAUGAAGAUGACGAGAAGAGGCGAAGGAGGGACGAUAGGUUCGCUGCGACUCUUCUUCGGAUGCGCGUGCCUCUGCGCGCAACUCCUCGUGGCUCGCAGUCUCGUUGGUCUCGACUACACCGCUGCUCCCCGCUCAUCAUCAUCGGCAGCAGCAGCAGCAGCAACAGUAUCAACACCAUCAUCAGCAGCAGCGUCGUCAGUAUCAUCACCGUCAUCUGCGUCAAGGGCAUCAACAGCAGCAGCGUCAACAGGAGCAGCGGCAUCAUCUUCAGCAUCGUCAGAGUCGUCAUCGACAUCGCUGUCGGGUGCCGGCGGUGAUGGCAUUAGUGGCGACUCGCUGAUGGUGACGAUGGCGAUGGAGUUCACCGUUUCCGCGGAGCUGCGCGAUCGCCUUGAGGCAGAUGCGUCCGAGCUCAUUGCGGCUCAGCUCGCAAUCAGCUGUCCGUCAUCAUUAUCAUCAUCAGCAACAACAUCAUCAGCAGCAAUAUUAGCAGCAGCAGCAUCAGCAGCAUCAUCAUCAUCAGCAGCAGCAUCAUCGUCAUACGUUUGGGGGUCUCCGCUAGCCGGCACGGCCUUGCUUCACGAUUUGACCGGAGAGCCGACCCUCGGGGAAGGUCGGAACGGAUCGACUCUGGGUCUCGACCUCGACCUCUCGUUCCCGCGGCACGAGGUGGACGCGGCGUGCGGGCCCCGCGGGCCGGGCGUCCUGGUUCGAGACCUGGCCCUGGAUCUGCGGCGUUGGGUACGCGGCGCCCGGGGCAGAGAGCCGCCGAUCGCCCUUCGUGUCGGGGUCUCGCUGCUCUCCGCGGGACCCAGCGGCUCCCAGCCCCCCACAGUGCUCCGCGUGUCUCUGCCCGCACUGUGGUGCGACUUUGAGGAUCAGUGCCGGUGGGAGGUGAGCCGAGAAAUCCCGGACUGGAUCGUAAACUCAUCCGACACGGAUUCUGGAUCGGGACACUUUCUCACCCUGAGCCCCGCGAGCCACCCCCAGUGGCUCGCAGAUGGAGACGAAGGGGUCGAUGGAGGGGAGGAUCCCGGUGCGGUGCCGGGGUCGGGGUUUGACGCCGUCCUCGCGAGGAGUCCGGCUCUGGGGUUCGCCGCCCGCGGCUGCCGUUUCUGUGCCGGGGUCGCGGCCCGGCGGCUCGGGGCCACCCGUGAUGGUCCCUCGUGGGACCUGCUCGUGUCCGUCCACGGCCCCUCUAACGCGCGUGUCAUCGCCUUCGCGAACCUUACCCUCGGUGAGGACCGGGCCACUGAUGGCUGGCACUGGCGGCGCGUGUGCGUGAGCGUUGGGCGGCUGGGGUCUUCGUCCAGGCUCUCCCUCUCUUCCCGUGGCUCUCCGUGGACAGCCCUGGCUCUCGACGACCUGGGACUCAUCGACUGCCAGCCAGACAACCUUGCCGAUCGGAGGUGCGGGGCUACUCGGGACCUCCCAGGAGGAGACGGAUUGCCACUCUGCGCCCCAGAAUCCCAGGACGAGCAUCGGGCGGCGGCCGCAGAGGAGCGACGCGCGGCUCGGCGGGAAGAGGAGCCCGCAAACUUUGAGUUGUCGGAGAAGCGGCCGUCCCUGAACACUGAAGACAUCGUUAUUGCCAAGAGGGACCACAUUCCUGAUCCCAGCGCCCUGGGGGAUUCCCUGAGCCGUGGACCGGCAGGAGGGGAGGACUCGCUGCAGCACUGGCUCUUCACGUCGUGCGGAGCGAGCGGAGCGCGCGGCCCCACGCAGGCGCAGUGCAACAACGCCUACCGCAACAAGAACCACAGCGUGCUGGUGGGGGGGGCUCGCCUGCGCGGAGUGCAGGCCUGGCGCGUGCCCUCCACCAAGAAGUACCAGAUCUCCGCGUACGGCGCCGCGGGCGGCAGCGGCGGCAAGAACAGCAACCAGCGGUCGCACGGCGUCUUCAUCGCGGCCAUCUUCACGCUCUACCAGGACGAGGUGCUGCACCUCCUCGUGGGUCAGCAGGGCGAGGACGCCUGCCCCUCGACGGUCGAGGACAUCCAGGAGAUUUGUCUCGGGGAGUCUGAUCGGAUCGAGGAGGAACAUCGCACCAACGGCAGCGUCAGCUGGUGGGCGGGAGGCGGCGGCGGGGGCGGCGGAGCCACCUUCGUCUUCCGGAUGCAAGAGGGGGUCCCAGUGCCGCUGUUGGUUGCGGCUGGCGGAGGAGGCAACGCGUACCUGGGCAACCGCGAGGGCGCCGUCGAGGAACGCUACGAGCGAGACCCAUCCGUGCGGCCAGCCAGCGGGCACACGGGGGCGGCCGGAGGGGGCGGGGGCUGGAACGACACGGCAGUGGCUCCCCACUCGGGCCGCUCGCUCAUGGAAGGGGCCACGGGGGGCUCCGGCUGCGCCCAGGCCACGAGGGCCUGGGGGUGGGCGACCUCUGGGGGGUUCGGUGGGGGCGGGGGAGCCUGCACCUCCGGGGGGGGUGGCGGAGGAUACAUUGGUGGGGAUGCAGACGCUGGGAAUGGGAUGUUUUCAGACGGACAGGAUGGUGUGUCGUUCGUCAGCUCGCUGGGCGAACUCUACACAUUCCCCCUGGCUGUGACGGAGAGCCACGGCGAGGUGUUUGUCCGCGAGCACGUCGACUGCCAGCGCUGCGAGUCGGGCGAGUGCCGGAGGGACGACGCCACGGGCGGCCUCGUCUGCCUCUGCACCGCCGGCACCGCGCUCGCUCCAGACGGCGUCCGCUGCCUGGACAUGGUGACGGGAAUUCCCGAGGGGCAUCUCUCGCUGCCGCUCGUGCUCGCCGUGGCGACCGUGACGACGUCAGUCAUCCUGGCCCUGGCGUGCACGGGGAUCCUCAUUGCGUACAGGCGCAAGCAACGGCAGCUGCGCGCCUUCCGCCUGGAGCUGCUGAGCCCCGAGUACAACCUGAGCAAGGUGCACGCCUCCACCAUCAUGACCGACUACAACCCCAACUACUGCCACGCGGGGGGGGAGCCCCGCGGCGCGGGGGCCACCGUGGGGGGCUCAGCCGGCGCACUCAGCGAGCUGAAGGAAGUUCCGCGACGAAACAUCGACCUCGUCAGGGCGCUGGGUCACGGCGCGUUCGGCGAGGUCUACGAGGGUCACGUGACUGGGAACCCGGGGGACCAGAGCCCCCUCAAGGUGGCCGUGAAGACGCUGCCGGAGGUUUGCUCGGAGCAGGACGAGCUGGACUUCCUCAUGGAGGCGCUCAUCAUCAGUAAGUUCAGCCACGGGAACAUCGUGCGCUGCGUGGGUGUGAGUCUCCAGCGCCUCCCGCGCUUCAUCCUCCUCGAGCUCAUGGCCGGCGGGGACCUCAAGUCGUUCCUGCGCGAGGCCCGGACCGCCUGCCUCCCGGGCGGCGCGUCGCUGUGCACGCUGGAGCUGCUGCAGAUGGCUCGGGACAUCGCGCAGGGCUGCUGUUACCUGGAGGAGAGCCACUUCAUUCACAGGGACAUCGCAGCGAGGAACUGCCUUUUGACCUGCAAAGGACCGGACAGGGUGGCCAAGAUUGGAGACUUUGGGAUGGCACGAGACAUUUACAGGGCCAGCUACUACAGGAAGGGCGGCCGGGCGAUGCUGCCUGUCAAGUGGAUGCCCCCGGAGGCUUUCCUCGAGGGCAUCUUCACAUCCAAGACUGACACGUGGUCAUUCGGGGUUCUCCUGUGGGAGAUCUUCUCGCUGGGCUUCAUGCCCUACCCCAGCCGCAGCAACCAGGAGGUCAUGGAGUUCGUGAUGGGCGGAGGCCGCAUGGACCCGCCCGGCUCUUGCCCGGGCCCCGUGUACCGCAUCAUGACGCAGUGCUGGCAGCAGCGGCCCGAGGACCGACCCAACUUCGCCUCCAUCCUGGAGCGCAUCGAGUACUGCACGCAGGAUCCGGACGUGAUCAACUCCCUUCUCCCGAUGGAGCUGCUGCACGUCCCUCGCGACGCCCCGGCCGGCCGUCCCAGUGGCCCCACGGAGCCCCUCCUGCCUCGCCGCUCCCUCGGCGCCCCGGCCCUGCGCCCCGACCCCGCUGGUGGGUCGCGCCGGCGGCCCCGGGGGGCGCAGCCCACCGGCUUCUACCUCCGGGACGCCGACGCCAACGUCUCCGGCGUUACCGCUGGCGCCGCCCCCCCCUCCUCCUCCUCCUCCGACGAAGAAUCCUCGACCGCGUUCCUCGGCUGCGAGCGGGAGGCCGAGGGCCCCUGCAGGCCGCCGUGGCACUCGUGUAACGAGUACACGGAGAUGGGCGCCUGGUGCCAGCCGGCGCCACCGGCGCCACCGGCGCAUCCCGGAGUCGGCGCCGCCGCCGUGGUUUCGACCGGGAAGCUGACCAAGAGCCACAGCACCAGCCUGUGGAACCCCACCUACGGAUCGUGCGUGUGCGAAAAGCCCGAGCGGGCGUGCACGGAGCGAGGGUGCGGCGCCGCCGCCGCCGGCGCCGGCUGCGCUUGCGGCGCGGCCGUCCGGGAGCGAGCGGCCGGCGGGGGGUCCGAGCCGAGCGACGCGCAGCGGCUCCCGCGGCCGGCACGCGAGGAUUCCGGAAUCGGAGGGUGCGCGGCACCGGCGUUCGGCGAUCGGCGGCGGCCGGGCUCCCUGGGGCGCGACGGCAGCGAUGCCGAAACGAGCGCCUCGGCCGCCUCGCCCGCCUCGCCGUCGUCGUCGUCGUCACCGUCGUCUUCUUCGUCGUCGUUAUCUUCGCGGGCGACGGCGGAGGCGGUCGAUGAACCGCUGCAGCCGUUCCUGGCGGCCGAGCACUGAACUGCUCCGUCCGUUCUGACGCUCGGCGCCCGCGUAGCGGCAGCGAGGACCCUCCGGGCCGCCGGUCGGCCCCGCCGGCGCGAGCGAUGGACAUCCACCGCGACGGGGGAGGGGUGGGCACAGGACUCUGGCUCCCCGUGGACGCGCGUGCAAGACGGGGCAAGGCGAACGCUGCGGAUAGUUCUCCGAGGCCGGAGGCGCUUUACAUGUCGCCGUCGGUUUUGCGUUCGGAACGAAACGGGAUCGGCUGCCCGAGCGCCGAAGAACCACGUGGUGGUGGGGUUCCGGGCGCCGGGUUACAC